AUGUCGGAAUGUUUCUUUAUUCCCACAGGAGAAACUGAAAAUGUGCCAGUGAGUAACCCUGCAACACAGAUUUCUCAGUUGCAGGCACUGGCCUCUGAACUAAAAACUGGUUUCACUGAAGCAAUGCAGGAACUUUCAAGAAUUCAGCAUGGAGAGUAUGCUCUGGAGGAGAAGGUUAAGAGCUGUCACUGCACAAUGGAAGAGAAAGUGUCAGAGAUGAAGAAUUCGCUGAACUCUUUCAAGGAGGAGCUCAGUGAUGCCAAGUCAAAGAUUGAAGUGAUCAGUGCCAAGCAAGAGGAAAUGCAACAGAAAAUUGAACAGCUGCAACAAGAGAAACGUCGGGAAUCCCGGAAAGUGAAAACUAAAAGAACACAAAAGGAUGAACACGGGUCACAAACGGUGCCUACUCCUCUACAAGGCAGUCCGUUCCGAUCGAUAAAUCUCCCGGAACCUGUACUGAUUAAUGAAGAUUUUACAAGUCUUUUGCACCAUGCAACCUAUGAGAGAGUCUCCGAUACCAGAUCCAUGGCAGCUGGAGAAGGAAAUGUGAAAGUAGUGCCAGGCACUGGGGGGAGCAGUGCAAAUCCAGAGACAGAAGAAAGCCUCAAGCCUUCCUUGCCAGCUGACAUCCAGCCAAAGGGUCACCCCCCAUCGACUGUGUGGAAGCAGCCCAAGGACAGCAAAGAGUGGGGUGAUGAAUAUAUUUCUAAGGAGCACCCAGACAGAGUGAAGGAAACAGGCCAAAGCAGAUACACCUCAGUGGACAAUGUCUUAUGUGAAACUUCUUUCGCUGCCAAAAGACAGAGCAUCGCUUUGGAGCUGCUCGAGUCUGAGAGGAAAUAUGUCAUCAACCUGUCCCUGAUCCUGAAGAUCAAAGCCACAUUGCAAGGCUCAGACGUGAAGAGGAACACCAAAGAGAGAAGUUUCUUCCCUGGUUCUUUACGAUACCUGGUCCAGCAGCAUGUAGACUUACUUCACAUGCUGCAAGAGAGGGUGCUGAGUUGGCCACGUCCAGGAAUCCUGGGAGACAUAUUCCUGAAGUUAACAAACGAUGAGAACAAUUUUCUGGACUACUACAUUGCUUACUUGAGGGACCUGCCGGAAUGCAUCUCACUGAUCCACGUGGUGAUUCUGAAGGAGGUGGAAGAAGAAAUUAAGUCUGACCUCUACAUGCUGUUCUUUCAUAUAGUCCAGCGUGUCCCCGAAUACCUUAUUCACUUACAGAACAUCCUGAAGUACACUGAGCAAGAGCACCCCGAUUACUACCUGCUCCUGGUGUGUGUGCAGCGCUUCCGCAUUUUUAUCUCGCACUACAGCCUGCUAUUACAGUGCAACGAAGACCUGCUCAUACAGAAACGGAAAAAGCUGAAGAAGUCGUCCCUGGUUAAGUUAUACAAAGGUCUGGCUUCUCAGUGUGCCAGUGCCAGCCAGGAGGUUUCUCAGACAUCCAUCACAACAGCCAUCCGAGACAGCGGGAUCCACUCCGAAGAGGUGAUGCAGCAGUUCCCAGCAGCCCCCUCUUCCAGCACAACAGCCACGCAUUUGAUGCCACAGAUGAAGAAGAACCAGUCUGCAAUGAUGGAGAACAUCCAGGCUGGGAAGCCAUCGGACUGGGAAAUGGAGGCUAGAAAACACGAAAGGCCAGAAAAUAUCCUUGCUUCAUCUCAGUUCCCCGAGCAGGAGCUAAAGGCCAUGUCCAUCCCCUUGCAAGCGAUCCCGGAGAUGGACUAUGAAACUCCCCCAGCCGAUCCAAUGGGAAAUGCUGAGAGAUCGGUCAGGACCUCAAUGGAGCUGCUGCAGGAUGCUAGAAGCUUUGCUCCAAACUAUGAAGAGUUGGACUAUGGGGGGGAAGUUUUCACCCUGCCAGGUCCCUACGAGGACGAGACCUUUCAAAACCUGGCUCUUUUCGAGAACUGCUCCCCGGCCUCCUCUGAAUCCAGCCUCGAUAUUUGCUUUUUAAGGCCUGUUAGCUUUACAGUGGAGCCAGACAGGACAGAGCACUCGUCACAGCCGCUGCCUAAAAGCGGCAGUGCUUACAAGCAGGAGGCGUUUCACAGCAAAGGCAAGCAGCUGAGCCGGUCCCUGAAGGAGUUCCCCAGGAGCACGGAGGGCAUGAGCACGAGACUCUACAGCACCCGGAGCAGCAGCAGUAGCCAGUUGCAGCACAAGCAGGAGAGAAGCCUGCAGCCUCACCUGAUGGCGGCAUCCUCUCGAAGCUCCCAAAGGAGCUACUUCCCCCCUCCCAGAGGGCUGGGGGAGAAACCGAGCUUUUUGGAAGAGCUACAUGCAGAAGACAACACCAGGUUCUGCCAGAAGGAUGACAACGAACAAACAUCCUUCAGCGAGCACAACCCGCGGCAGGAACCCAAAGGGGGCUUCCGGAGCUCCUUCCGCAAGCUCUUCAAAAAGAAAUGA